AUGACCCGACCAAAGAUGGACCCAGCGGACAUCGUGAGACUGCCUAGCACCUGGGAGGCAUUAGGAGUGCCAAAACAGGAGCUAGUGGAGGAGGAAUCCCAGUUUUUUGAUCUGCUGUCUGUAAUGUGGAGGACCGACCCAGAAAUGGCUCUGCUUGUGGCAUCCUCCAGGUGGAAAAAGACAUUUGUUUUUGAGACUGUUUCCAAGUUGUGUUCCAUAACCCCCCAGUGUGUGACUGCUAAGCCUGCUAGCCCCGAGCCCCGGCCUGCCGGCUGCAUGCAGGGAAGCAUCCACCCGUCCUUCCUGGCUAGCGCUGCCAGUCGCCAGCCUGAUCCCUGGCCCGCUAGCGCUGCUAGCCGCCAGCCUGAUCCCUGUUCCGCUAGCGCUGCUAGCUCCAGACUAUAUGUUCCCCAGCCUGCGUCCCGAUCAGUCAGGCUUGGCACCAUCAGCCUGUACAGCCACUCUCCAAGCCUGCCUUUUUCCCAGCCUGCUAGCGCUCCAGCGGCUAGCUCCCUGCCUGUUUCCUGGCCUGCUACCACUGCAGGGGCUAGUCAUCUGCCUGCUCCAUCCCCCUCCAAGUUGGCUCAAACUUCCAGGUUGGUUGGGGAUUCUUGGACUUCCAGCUCUCUGGCUGCCUUUCUGUUGGACUUACCUUUGGAGCCAGAGAGUGAACAGACGGAGUGUCCCCAGCCAACCAACCACUGGUCGGAGGGAGACCGGUCUGCUAGCGGGCUGCUAGCAGACCUACACAGCUCCGGUUCUGGGCCUACUAGCCUGGAGGCUCGCACCUCGUCGAACUCUGCGUGGGAUCCACCUCCAGUGAGGCCAGCUGGAGGACGACAUAGGCCACGACGACAAGCGGCCAAGAGACUGGCACCUGCAUCAUCCCCGUCGGUGGACCAACCAACACCAGCUUCGUUAGAACCAGAGAGCCCUAGGAUUGCUAGUUCCCAACCAGUCAGCCACCCAGCUCGGAGUCGACCAGCUAGCCUAUGGCCUGUUAGCCUGGAGGCUAGGCUCCCCCCGGAGUCCUCCUUCGAGGGAAGUCGCCUGGCCAUCUUUUCGGGUUCCCGUGGUGGUCAUCGGAGGCGACCAGGUCACCAGCAGCGACCGGUCUGCAACCAGCGUGAUCCCAGGCCAGCUAGUGCUACUAGCUUUGUGCCUGCCCACCUGCCUGAUCCCCGGCCUGCUAGCGCUGCUAGCAGCCAGCCUGAUCACCAGCCGACUCCAGUUCCCUCGUCGGUG